UAUAAAAUAGAAUUUGAGCUGGUCUUAUCUCGCGGAUUGCACGUUAUCUUGGAUUACAAUCGUAUGUGCACGCGUAAUAUCACGCUUAGUACUACAUCGUGACUUUGGAGUAAACCAUGGUGUACAAAGUUUUAACGGCAUGUGCACUGUUGAUUUCCACAGCUAUUCCAGGUUCCUUGCAAGGAGAAAACUUGGUUUGUCCGAGUGGCUGGACCAGACACAAUGUACAAUGUAUUAAAGCUGUAGCACAGAUGUUAAACUGGGAAGAGGCGUCAUUAUAUUGCAAACGCCAAAAGGCCGACAACUCAUCAUCUCUAAUUGAAAUAGAUAAUGUGGAGACAAAUAACAAAGUUAAAGCUCUUAUAGUUGAUACCGGUGUGGAUUAUUGGAUUAACAUUAGAUCAACAAUAAGUACGAGAGAAAAAUAUGUUCGUCACAAUUUUGGUUAUCAACGAACACAAGUUCACUAUUCUUAUCUUAGCUGGAAUCAGACAGAAACAAAAGUACAGAAUGGAUAUCUUAACUUUGAACAGAUGAUGAGAUCAUAUGAAUACGAGGACACUGAAGAUCGAUGCGGGUAUAUGUCUGAUGAUGGGAAAUGGCACGAUGCUAAAUGUAGAGCUAGGAAAUCGUUUAUUUGCAGCAGAAGUUUAGAUUGUGAAAUGGGAUAUUAUGGUCCAAACUGUGAUGAAGUAUGCCAUUGUUACCAAUCACAAUGCGAUCAAGAUACAGGAGUAUGUGACUAUGGAUGUAAACAUGGAUGGAUGGGAUUUAGAUGCGACCAAGUGAAAGCAGCAGCAGAAGUGGCAACGUACUGUGUUAAUUCUCCAACCAAAGGUAAAUAUGCUCUGUUAAGGGUUGAUAGAAAAAACGUAAAAUAUGACAAAAUCUACAUCAUCAACGAAUCACAGGAUACACCAUCAUCUACAACAUGUGAUCAAGGAAUGUUUAACGAGGACGUUGACGGUGUUUUAAACCUCAAGAUAUUAAUUGAAGAUGAUAAUACAACAUCUCCCAGUUGUUACUAUACAAAGACGGACAAGGGAGUCGUCAAAUGGACAUUAAGAACAGAAGAAGUGUCUGGUUUCUUUAGUUACUAUGACAGAUUAUAUGAACUGAGUUGUGAUUUUACAACAGCAGAAACUUUGACAAGAAAUUAUAACAAACAGGCUAUAAGUGGUAUAUAUCAACCCAGCAAAGUAAAUAUCAUCCAGACUACCGAGGACGUCCAGCUAUUCAUUCUGAACCCAACAACAACCAGUCGUGUUUCGCAAGUACAGAUUGGCUCCAGAAUUCAACUGGCAAUGAUAUUAAAUAAACGUGAUGACGUAACAGCCUCCGGUAUUUCACCAUAUAACUGUUCCUGUUCUACACCUGAUGGGAAAACAGUUCAUCAACUUACAGACUCUAGGGGAUGUCCUGUACGAGAUUCCCCUGUAUUUGCUCUAACCGGAAGUAAUGACUCAUACCUUACAUCCAAUGUAUUUGAUGCUUUCACAAUUAAAGGAAGUUUAGGUCUCAUCUUCAGUUGUAGUUUUGAAUUCUGUUUUGAUUCAAAUGAAACGAAGUGUGCUGAUAGAUGUAGUGAUCUAAGAACUCGAUCAGUAUUCGAGAUAACAUCUAGAACAAAACGAUCAACAGAUGAGAAUAGAAAGAGUGGCCAAGCAUCAGCUUAUUUACUGUUGAUACCAAAAACACAGAAAGACAAACAAACUGAUAUUAACCACCUCUCUGUAGAAUCUGAUGAUACCGUUUCCAAACACUUGACUGUUAUAACUGGUUCCAUCUUGGUAUUGGUACUGUGUGGAGGUGUGGUCGCUGUCGUGAUGCUUGUACGAUCUAGUCGCAUUAGAACUGUUAGGAAACAAACCAAUGUGAAAAUAACGGAAUAACUCUAUAAGAAAGUUAAAAUAAGAAAUUAAAUAUUACCAAUAAUAUCGAUACUUUCAUGUUAAAAUCUGUAAUUUGUACUUUUGUCUUAUCGAUAGUUUAUAUGUCAUGAAAUACGUUAUGGUUCUUUAAUAAAUUACUACUGCAGUGUCA